AUGGAGAGACACUGCCAGAUAACAGCAGGAGCACCCAACGGGAACGUGACAUGGGCACACCAAGAAACCACACAUACAGAAGAGAUCAAAGAAGCUAUAGCGCAGGAGUUAAAGAAGGAACGACGAAAGAAUGUACACAUAGCAGCAGUACAUCCACAACUGAAAACAGAAGGAGAGAUUCAGAACCAACAAGAACA